GGCGGCGGUCGCGCGCGGAGGGCGGGACGAGCGAAGGGAGAGAAAAAAAACGAGAAGCAAAUUUCAGUGGCGAUUCCGCUUUUUAGAAAUUAAAAUAAUGCGAGCAGGGCGACGAAGAUCGAGCGAGCGGCGCUUUUCGUGAAGUAUAUCGGCCAUCUAAUCCUCACGGGCAUUGUUCCCUCCUUUCGCCUCCGCUUAAAAAAGUUACAAAAAUAAUUUUUUGUAAAUUAUAAUUUCUUCCAAUUCUUGUUGAUGGCGGCGGCGGCGGCGCGGGGCAGUAACCUGAGAAAAGCGGGCGGCUUCAUUGGGCUGGUGAAGGACGCCUUCCAGCCCCACCAGCACCAGCACCAACAGGCGGGCGUUGUGGACAAGAGAGCCGUGGAGAAAUGCUGGAAAUUAAUGGAUAAGGUGGUCAGACUGUGUCAGAAUCCCAAAGUAGGACUGAAAAACAGCCCUCCGUAUAUUCUUGAUCUCCUGCCAGACACUUACCAGCAUCUGCGUCUGAUCCUGAAUCGAUAUGAGGGGAAAAUGGAAGCCCUUGGAGAGAAUGAAUACUUCAGGGUCUUCAUGGAAAACCUCCUUAAGAAGACUAAACAAACCAUUAGCCUUUUCAAGGAAGGGAAAGAGAAAAUGUAUGAGGAGACAUCACAGCCAAGACGACAUUUGACCAAGCUGUCACUCAUAUUCAGUCACAUGUUGGCAGAACUGAAAGCUAUAUUCCAAAAUGGCAUAUUCAUGGGGGAUACUUUCAGGAUCACAAAAGCAGAUGCAGCAGAUUUCUGGAGGAAAGCUUAUGGAGAAAAGACGAUUAUUCACUGGAAGGUUUUUCGACAAGCCUUGCAUGAUGUUCAUCCAAUCACCUCUGGUCUGGAGGCUAUGGCCUUGAAAUCUACCAUUGAUCUGACAUGUAAUGACUUCAUCUCUGUUUUUGAAUUUGACAUUUUCACCCGACUUUUUCAGCCAUGGUCAUCAUUGCUCAGAAACUGGAACUCAUUAGCUGUUACUCAUCCAGGUUACAUGGCCUUCUUAACUUAUGAUGAGGUAAAAGCAAGACUCCAAAAGUUCAUCCACAAACCUGGGAGCUACAUAUUUCGAUUGAGCUGCACCAGGCUUGGCCAGUGGGCAAUUGGCUAUGUCACUGCAGAUGGUAACAUUCUCCAAACCAUCCCUCAUAACAAGCCCCUCUUUCAGGCGCUCAUCGAUGGAUUCCGUGAGGGCUUUUACCUGUUUCCUGAUGGGCGUAGUCAGAAUCCAGAUCUGACUGGUUUGUGUGAGCCAACACCACAUGAUCAUAUCAAAGUAACACAGGAGCAAUAUGAACUUUACUGUGAGAUGGGCUCCACAUUUCAGCUCUGCAAGAUCUGUGCAGAAAAUGACAAGGAUGUGAAAAUUGAACCCUGUGGUCACCUAAUGUGCACUUCUUGUCUUACAGCCUGGCAGGAAUCUGAAGGUCAAGGAUGUCCAUUUUGUCGUUGUGAGAUAAAAGGCACUGAACCAAUUGUUGUGGACCCUUUUGACCCGAAAGAUGGGCCAGGUCAAACCCGGCUGGGAAUGGAAGCAAUGUUAUCUCCGAAUUUUGAGGAUGAAGAUGAUGACCGUAGUGAUGAAUUGUUUAUGAUGAACAAGCUGGCAAAUACAAAGAUUGAACGACCUCCAUCUCCAGUCACUCCAGCUCCGAAUUCUGCACUUCCACCUGUUCCUCCUCGUUUAGACCUGCUGCAGCACCGAUCACCCACUGUGUCCAGUGCACCUAGUCCUUGUGUUUCACCCAAGGCUUCAUCUAGUGGCUCACAUAAGCAGGAUAAACCUUUACCGGUUCCUCCAUCGCAUCGAGAUCUUCCGCCUCCACCACCUGAGCGACAUCCAUCUGCAAACAUGGAUUCUCGUAUGCAGAGGCGCCCUUUACCGAGCACACCAAAUGACCUCCCCGCAAGAGAUAAGCUACCUCUUGCGCCACCUACCCGACCUGGAGAACCCUGGCACUCACGAUCUCAGGCAACUAAGCCAUCUGUCCAGACCCUUAACGUUGGAGACAGGUGGACAGGCCGAGAAUUAUCCAACAGACAUUCUUUGCCUCUACCACUGACAUCUCAGAUGGACACUAGGACGGAGGCAGUUAGGCAUAGCAGCUCACUUGGGCUUGACAGUCCCGUGGCUUUCAGUGGUGCAGUGAAUGAUAUUUCGGAGUAUGACAACUCCAAAGUGAAACCCUCUGCGUCAGCGAAUGCUAUUUAUUCUCUUGCUACAAGGCCUCUGCCAAAGCCAUCUGCACCAGAGGAACGUUCAGAGAGUAGUGAUGAGGAUAUUGAUUACAUGACUCCAUCUUCAUUGCCUGUGCAUGCUCCUCUCUGUGCAACCACCUCCUUAGAUUCCAGACCACUGCAAACACAGAGCAGCCACAAUACAGAAACAUUGACUGAAUCUGACCCAUUGAGACUAAUGUGCGAAUCCAUGUUUUCAUCAUCUCAGGCCGCAAGUGUAGAUUUGCCACAAUUUGUGUCAGACAAUGGUGAUUCUGCCAUCAGUGACGGGGUUGAGAGAGAUGAUAGUGAAGAUGAUGAUGCAUAUGAUUUCCCAAAGCCACCUGUGCCACUUCCUCCAGCUCGCCGCACUCUCUCUGAUGUCUCGUAUGCCACUUCAGGAUUUGCUAGUGCAUCUGCUGAACAGAAUCUGCCUGGCCCCAAUACACAUACAGGAGAUUCAUCUGCACCUGAAAGACCUCCCAAACCAUUACCUCGCAGAAUCAACUCGGAACGUAAAUUCAGUCCUAAUCGAUCAAACAGCUGCAAUAUGUUGCUGCAGCAACAGCAGACUCUGUCAGCUGAGAUCAACAGCCUCUUGAGCCAGGGCUACUCGUAUCAGGAUAUACAAAAGGCAUUGCUUAUUGCACAAAAUAAUGUGGAAAUGGCAAAAAGUAUUCUUCGUGAGUUUGUGUCUGUUCAUUCCCCUGCACACAUCGCAACGUAACCACCCCUCAGGACACUGACUUCGGCAAGUCAGCGCUCACGGGUUCUGUCUGAUAUGAGCUUCGGCUUGAGUGACACCGUGCCUCAUGUAACCCUGCCGCCUCAUCAUUUUGAAUAAUCAGGUCUGUGCAAUUACUGAUACACUGAAGGACGGUAGCUCCCUGCCUUUUUCCAUUCCAGCUGUGGGCUUUUUUAAGAAAAUUUAUAUUUGAAGUUAUCACAAGAUAAUUGGCCUUGACAAAGUUGCAUUCUUAAGGGCAGUCAUCACUUAGCAAGAAAUAUUGUAAUAUGUAAAGAAAAACUUACCUCAAUUGGUUCAUUCUUUUAAUUAUAAUAAAUAUUUUGAAUAUAAUGUGAAUUCCCUUAAAUUCAAGAAGCAGAUGCGCAUCAUGCAUGGAUGUUACUAUUUUCCUGCAAACUGUAGCACAAGUCUGAAGUAUGCACUAUACAUGGAAUGUAUGAUAUUCAAAGAUUUAUUAAUUUACUGCAACAAGCCUGUCUCUGAGUGCACGUGUUGUAAAUUAAGUUUGAAGUGCUAAAAUAGUUGGGAUUUUGAGGUCAUGGUCCAGAGUAAAGUGCUUUAAAAUGGGACCUUACUUGCUGUUGCUGGUAAAUGCCUGCCACUGAGAUGUGCAAUUACUGUUGUGGAACUAGGUUAGCACUUGUAUCAGCCUGCCAUUCAGAAAAAAAGGGUCUAUUUUUGUACAAACAGAUAUCGUUUGCACAAAACAAGAAAUAAUUACCAAGUUGUAUUUAUAUAGUUAUUUGCAUCUAAUAAUUGGAUUCCAAAUUUAUAGCUCCUUUUUAAAAAAAAAAAGUAAAACCUUGGCCAGUGGUGAAAAACCUUGUAGGAGUUAAAUCAGUAAAAUAGGUUUCCCUCCACACACACACACACACACACACACACACACACACACACACACACACAAUGCUGGUGGAAUG